AUGCCUAUUCCAAAACCACACGGAGGUCAACUUAAUGACUUGAUUAUUCGCGACGCUGAAAAAAAGCCACAGUUGUUGAAGGAAGUUGAAACCUUGCCCCACUUGACAUUAACUCCAAGACAAUUGUGUGAUUUAGAGUUGAUUUUAAAUGGUGGAUUUUCUCCCUUGACUGGAUUCCUCAAUGAAGAUGACUACAAGAGCGUGGUUGAAGAUUUGAGGUUGACUUCCGUCAAGAACAAUCAAAGUAAAGGUUUGCUUUGGCCAAUUCCAAUUACUUUGGACGUUUCUCCACAAGCCGCUCAACAAUACAAAUUGGGUGAUAGAAUUGCCUUAUUGGAUUUAAGAGAUGAAACUCCAUUGGCCAUUUUAACUAUUGAGUCGAUUUAUACCCCUGAUAAGCAAAAAGAAGCAAAGUUGGUUUUUAGGGGCGAUCCAGAACAUCCAGCCAACAAAUAUCUUUUCGAAACUGCUGGUGAUGUAUACAUUGGAGGUUCAUUGGAAGGUAUCAACUACCCAAAACAUUACGAUUAUGUCGAUUCAAGAAAGACACCAACUGAAUUGAGAAAAGAAUUUGAUUCUUUGGGAUGGACCGACCAAAAUAUUGUCGCUUUCCAAACUAGAAACCCUAUGCAUAGAGCUCAUCGUGAAUUAACCAUUAGAGCCGCUAAUGAUAUUGGUUCAAGCGCCCAUGUUUUGAUUCAUCCAGUUGUUGGUUUAACCAAACCAGGUGACAUUGACCAUCAUACAAGAGUCAAAGUCUACAAGCAAAUCUUGCAAAAGUUCCCUGAAGGAUUAGCAUCGUUGUCUCUUUUGCCAUUGGCCAUGAGAAUGGGUGGUGAUAGAGAAGCCAUGUGGCACGCAUUAAUUAGAACCAAUUAUGGUGUUGAUCAUUUCAUUGUUGGUAGAGAUCAUGCUGGUCCUGGUAAAAACUCUCAGGGGGUUGAUUUCUACGGUCCUUAUGAUGCGCAAGAAUUGUUACAAAAGUAUCAAGAUGAAUUAGAUAUCAAGAUUGUUCCAUUUAGAAUGGUUACUUAUUUGCCUGAUGAGGAUAGAUAUGCCCCAAUUGACACUAUUGACACUUCCAAAGUCAAAACAGCAAAUAUUUCCGGAACCGAAUUGAGAAACAAGUUGCGUACUGGUGAUGCCAUUCCUGAAUGGUUUUCCUACCCUGAAGUUGUCAAGAUUUUGCGUGAAACCAACCCACCAAGAUUCAAACAAGGUUUUGUCAUCAUUAUUGAAACUGAAUCCAAGUUGGGUCAAUACUUGAGCUUUGCUUUACAAUCAACCUUGAAUCAAUUCAACGGUGAAAGAAGAAUCACCAAAAUCGAUCAACAAGAACACAAUGUUGAUCCCUUCAUCAUUAAUGAAUUGGUCAAAUCGGGUGCUGGUGUGAUCUUGACCACUGAAAACACUCACACUGACAAAGUUGCUAAUUUGGUUGGUGACGGAAAUUCCAUCAUUGUUGGUUCAAAUAGCGAUGCCUCCAAGGGACAAUUUAAAUUGAAUGAAAAUCUAAAUGUUACAAUUGAUGAAGUUGUAUCUUAUUUGCAACAACAAGGUUUUUAUUAG